AUGGGUGGGAUGCCCCCGGGCGCUGGAACCGCUGGUCCUGGUGGCCCUAUGCCGAAUGCCCAUGCCCUGUCCCAUCUGAAUCCUACGCAGGCGCAUAUGUUUCAGCAGCAGGCCUUUCAGCAAAAUUUCGCGAAUAACCCGCAAUUACUCCACCAGCAACAGCAGCAUCAACAGUUCCUUCGUCAGCGCAUGAUGAUCCAGCAGCAGCAGCAGCAACAGGCACAACAGGCGCAACAACAGCAUGGUCUGCCCGUAUCGCUACCCAAUGGUACUCAGGGCGUGAGCGCUGCUCAGCUGGCUGCGAUGCAAGCGAACCCUGGUGCCAUGCGUCCAGUCAACGCAAUGAUGCACCUUCAACAGCAGGUCCCUCAUGGCCAACCCCAGAACCUCCAGCAGCAGCAACAGCAGCAGCUCUUCGCCCUCCAGCAGGUGCAAGCACACCAAGCCCAGCAGCAAGCCCAGGCCCAGGCCCAGGCCCAGGCCCAAGCCCAGGCGAAUAAUGCCCAGGGUGGUCAGCAUACACCGCAGCGUGGUUCUGCGCAGCCUCCCAACAUGCACGAGGCUCAGGGCACGACUCCUCAGUCCCAGCAUGGCCCGCCGCCGCAAAGCGGUACCCCUCAACCAAACCACACUCCUCAACCUCCCUCGACUCAACCCCAACAGCCGCAGGGUGGACCUCACCAAGGUCAGGCUACUCCAAACCCCCAGCCACAGCAGUUGCCCCAAACAUCACAACCUGGCCCGCAGCCUGGACAUCCUGGACCUCAAGGACAGCCUCAGCAUGGUAUGCCGGGUCAGCCAGGCCAGCAACCCGGCCAGCAGGGCCAGCCAAUGACUGCCCAGGAGGCGCAGUUGAAGGCCCAGCAGCAACAGAAUGCUGCUCUGAUGAUGCAGCAAAGAAUGAAUCGCCAGGGCGCAACGAUUCUAUGCUUGCAUGCGUAUGCGGAACACCUGAGCGGAUUCCAGACUCGCGGCGAAGCGCACGACCUUAUGUAUUGGCAGUCCUUUGUUGAUCGAUUCUACGCCCCUGGCGGUGUGUUGCGGCAGGGAGUAUGGAACCCCCAGGUCGGCGCCAAGCAGUUCGAAAUUUCGACUCCCGCGUUGGCCCGGUAUUACCUCACUCAAUAUACCAGUGGUAUUCGUCAGAUUCAAAUGGUUGUUGAAGGUGCCCGCGAACGGGAUAUGCCCAAUGGAGGACAUAUGGUAGAGAGCGCUCGGACUUCAUUCAUCUAUUGGUUCACGAAUGAUUGCCAGCUCUUUACCCAUGGUCAACUACGCGCCCAUUUCGAUAUGGCUAACAAGCUCGAGAUGCUGGACAUCACUGUUACCAGCCAUAAUGAGUUUAUUCCUCGGAGUCUGCUUCAGUCCAUGGAGCUUUCCGAGCAGAAGCAGAGCCCCAAGGUCUCGAAAAAUGCAGCAAAGCGCAAUCAAAAGCAAGGCCCGCAAAUAUCUCUGCCCGAGUCUAUGGUCACUUCAAACGCAGAAUCCACAAUUUUCACCCCCGAAGCCCUCCACAACCUGGUCGGCACCUUCCUGCCUCAGAACCCUAACGCCGGGUUUGUCACGCCGAUGAACCCUGGCAUGCAGCAAGUACCCAAUGCUCGGAAUCCCAGCAUGGGUGGACCUUCGCAAUUUGCUUCCCCCGCCAUGGCUCACCUUGGCCUGCCAGGAGCCCAGGGAUCGCCUCAUCUGACCGGCUCGGGACACGCGAGUCCUGCUCAGAGCCAUCUUGCCGGACCGCCCGGCAUGCAAGGUGCAGUUCAGCCUUCCCCAGUUGGCGUGAACAACAGCCCCAACGUCGGUGGUAACAAGCGCCGCCGUGCCAGCACCGUCAAGAAUGAGCCUGAUGACGGUGGUGCAGGUGGCGAAGUCAAUGGCACUGUCCAAGGGACCGCCAAGGUCAAGGCCAGCCCUAGAGUGCCCAAACGACAGAAGGGGGCCGCAGCCUGA